UUUGUUUAGGGAGGGGAGCGUGCAGCUAAAAUUACAGUGGGUGCAAAAAUUAGUGAAAAGCUGUGAGGGGGCAGUGCUUUGCCAGAAAAGGAGGAGGGGGAAGCUCCCAGACUCAGUUCCUGGAUUCCCAGAUUUGCAAAGGAUUCCUGGGAAGAUUUUGGGACAGGAGCCAAAGUCCCCCCCCACACACACACACACAUCCUGUCCCUGUCAGACGGCAGCCAACGGAGGUCCUGGUGUUCCCAUCCACACGGUGUCCUAAGACUUGGAACCCCUUGAAAGUUGCCAUUUGGAUGGAGGGCUUCAGCCUGCAAAUGAGUGAGUGACUCUCUGCACAUCUCCGUGGGCCUUGUAACGUGGACUUCAAGCUCAAUGAGUCAAAAGUGGACCAUAAAGAUUGUGACUGGGUUUAGAUCUGCAGGAAUAAGUGAAUCCUGAAUUAUUAUUGGCCUUCAUCCUUAGAUGGUCAACCUACUCUACAUAAUGACUGUUCUGCUCCCCUAGAAUUUCCCUCCACCCCAGCAAGGGGCAUCGUGCCAGCAAAGCAGGGGAAACGACCUUUUGGAUCCAUUGGAUUGCGCACACACAGGAUCCAGGGAAAUUGGGAAGUUGCCUGUUGGAAUGGAGUAAAAAUAACGGAUCUAUGGAGCUAAAAAUAUUUGGCAUUUUUCUGUAACAAUGGUUCCACCACGAUGCCUGGAUACUCAGCUGCUGGAUUCAUUUAGCUUUCUUCUCAGUGGAAAACUAUACUAUUUCAUAUAGCACUGGAAAAUGCCUGGAUUCCUCUUUUUUUUGUAUUAAGCUUUGCUGGCGAUAUUUCAGUGUAGUGCACAAUUCAAGGGGCAAGGAGGGUUUCUGAUGGGUGAGCAAUGCUGAAACCAGACCAGAAGCAACCCCAAUCAGUGAGUGCUUGCUUGCCUGAUCUGUCUGCCCAUGCCUGAUCCGUCUGCCCAUGCCUGAUCUGUCUGCCUAUGCCUCAUUUGCUUGUAGAAAUGCCCUUACCAACAGUGAGUCCAAACCAAGGCUAAUAACUGUGGCCUUGUGGAUUGGACAACAGCUACAUCCCCCCAUAAUUAGGAGGAAGGUGUGAGAUCUUUCUGUCUUGAUAGAGUGGAUUUGCUUGCGCGCAAUCUUCUUCAUGUAUAUGGAUAAGAGCAACCUGCGAGGUCCCCAGCACAGGCCUCAGCCGCUUGUUAAAAGCCUUUCCUUGGAGCCAGCUCACGUUUCUGCGCACCCGGAAAAGCCCCAGCGGCAGCGCUCGGAUUCUGCAACCUCUUCUGACUACAACGGGGUACACCCAGACCCCUCUACACCUAAACCACUGGCUCCAAGGCGCUCUCUGACUCCUAAACCUGAAGUCCCUCCCAAGCCUGCGCACUUACAAAGCAUAAGAAGGCCACGACCUCCUGGGCAUAUCCCACCACCUCCCUCCCGGCCAUUGCCAGCGGACCCCCGGCUCGCAAGGAUUUGUUUGUCACGUCCUGACAACAAAGAUGGAACCCCUUCAGCAGUCACAUCUCUGAUUGAGAAAUUUGAGAGGGAGCCAAUCAUCCUCCCCAUAGAAAGAACAACUCUGGGUCAUGGCACCGACAUAAACCCUGACAUGGACAGUUCUCCCUCUCCCUCCCUCCAGCAUUCAGGGUACAGCAUGGGGGAACUGGGGCACAAGCUCCUUGACUUGUUGGAACCUGAGGUAUCCCAAGGCAGCCUGGAAAGGAGACGGCGGCUUGGUGUGGAGGGAGGAGAUGCUGGUGAAAUGGGUGAACAGGACUCUGGGGGGAAACUGGCAAACAGAGACAGUGGCAUUGACAGCAUUAGCUCUCCCUCCACCAGCGAGGAGAUGUGCUUCCUUGGUGAGGUGGAUGAGGGUGGCCGGGAGGAGAGCGAAACCUGUUAUAGUGUGGCCCAACGCUGCUCAGCGCGUGACUCCGAAGGCGACAGUGACAUGGAGGACGGAAGUGGUGACGAGGGUGAAUUGCCACCUGAAAGACUGGAUCCAUGUGAGUUCACAGCUCGGCAGAAGGUGUACAAAAUCGCUAAUGAGCUGCUGCAGACAGAGAAAGCCUACGUGUCACGCUUACAUCUGCUGGACCAGGUGUUCUGCGCUCGGCUCAUGGAUGAAGCACGCACAAGGGCCUCAUUCCCUGUGGAGGUGGUGAUGGGAAUCUUUUCCAACAUAUGCUCCAUUUACUGUUUUCAUCAGCAAUUUUUGCUGCCCGAGCUUGAAAAACGCAUGCAAGAGUGGGACAGCAACCCCCGCAUCGGUGAUAUCCUGCAGAAAUUAGCGCCCUUUCUUAAAAUGUACGGAGAAUAUGUCAAAAACUUUGACCGGGCUAUGGAACUGCUAAAUGUCUGGACUGAGAGAUCAUCCCAGUUUAAGAGUGUAAUCCAGGAGGUGCAGAGGGAAGAGGCAUGUGGGAACCUGACGUUACAGCACCACAUGUUAGAGCCUGUGCAGAGGAUCCCACGUUACGAGCUUCUGCUUAAGGACUAUCUCCUGAAGUUGCCCGAGGAUUCCAAAGACCGAUGUGAUGCAGAAAAGUCCCUGGAGUUAAUAGCCACAGCAGCUGAGCAUUCCAAUGCAGCCAUCAGGAAAAUGGAGCGGAUGCACAAACUCCUUAAAGUGUAUGAACUUCUGGGUGGAGAGGAGGACAUUGUCAGUCCCACCAAUGAGCUGAUCAAAGAAGGGCAUAUAUUAAAGCUUUCAGCCAAGAAUGGCACCACCCAGGACAGAUACCUCAUACUGUUUAAUGACCGGUUGCUGUACUGUGUUCCCAAACUGCGCCUCAUUGGCCAGAAAUACAGCGUACGGGCUAGAAUUGAUGUGGAAGGGAUGGAGCUGAAGCACAGCAGCAGCCCUAACCUGACACGGACAUUCCGGGUGUCUGGAAAACAGAGGUCACUGGAGCUACAGGCCAGAACAGAAGAAGAGAAGAAAGACUGGAUCCAGGCUAUUGAGGCUACAAUAAAUCGGCAUGAACAGGCAAUGGAGUCAUGCAAACUGCUCUGCACGUCCAUUCGUGAGGAUGAGGAGACGCCACCAAACUCUCCGAACACAGACCUGGGAAAACGAGCACCAACCCCCAUCCGAGAAAAGGAAGUGACCAUGUGCAUGAAAUGCCAGGAACCAUUUAACUCCAUUACCAAAAGGAGACACCACUGCAAGGCUUGCGGCCAUGUGGUAUGCGGAAAGUGCUCUGAGUUUCGUGCCAGGCUUGUUUACGAUAAUAACCGCACAAAUCGAGUCUGUGUGGACUGUUAUGGUGCUCUACGUGGGUCUUUGGCCAGCCCAGUAUACAACGCUCACACGCCACAGCGCAGGAAAUCCAUACUAGAGAAACAGGCCUCGGUGGUGGCAGAACACAGUGUUAUGUGUAGUUACAUGCAUUACAUGGAGAAAGGUGCCAAGAGCUGGCACAAAGCUUGGUUUGUCAUCCCUCAGAACGAGCCUUUGGUGCUAUACAUCUAUGGCGCUCCUCAGGAUGUAAAGGCUCAGCGCAGUAUUCCCCUCAUUGGAUUUGAGGUGAGUCCUACAGAACCAGGUGAGCGCUCUGACCGCAGACACGUCUUCAAAAUCAGCCAGAGUCAGCUCAGUUUUUACUUCAGCCCUGAGACAGAGGAGCUGCAAAGUCGCUGGGUGAGCGCUUUGUCCCGGGCAGGACGGGGGGAAGACUGCCACCCCAAAAUACUUUUGUUGGAAACUGAGGAGGAGUCCGAGGUAUUUGAAAGCCCUUUAGGAAACACUUGAGAACCAAUCUAUAGUGACUCCUUAACAAGAAAUAUAAGGAGCUUGUGUUUGGGUCUAAUCCAUUUAUCUUCCAUGGGGGACUGUAUCAAUUGUGGGGGCUGGACUUUUAUCAUCACUACCCCACUUGGGGAGGGCUGGACUCACCCAUAGUACUUCCAUGUUCUAAGACACGCCUGCACGGAGGACUGGAUUCAGCCAUUCUAACCUGAGUGUUGCCUUUUUCACUAAUCAGCAUCAGGAUACAAAGAAUGGCCCAUUGUGGAUCAUGGGUGGAGCCUGUGCGCUGGACUAUCCACGCUGGUUCUGUAGGGGGGCACCCAUUGGCUGGAAUCAUUACCACCUCUUUCCGACAGCCUCCUGCACUCCUUUUACGCAACACCAACACCGGCACUUUCUCUUUUUUUUUUUUUUUUAUAUCGUAUGUAUUAUAAUUAUUUUAUUAAUAUUUAGCAAACCUUUUUUUUAUUUUGAGUUUUGUUUUCUGCUGCUUGUGUUCCCUUUUCCGACUCUCCAUUGUUCAACGCUGACCAAUACGCCCAUUGCCAAAUCUGAGCUUGCCUUCCCCUUGCCUGCCUGUCAGUGUGUGCAUGUGAGGUCCUGGGUAUAGGCCUUCAGCCCUUUGGAUGUUCAACUACAACUGCCAGUGGCUUCCCAGCAACUGGGAUGUGGUGGAAGUUAUAGUUCAACAAUUUUUUGAGGGACUGAGGAUACCCAUUCCUUUGUACAGGGUAAUUGUGCCACAUUAAGGGCAGGGAAAUGAGUGCCAUACCUGGAAAACAAAUGUGCCAUAGCAUCAGAGAUAUUUAAUAUGUUGGGAAUUUUUUUAGUCACAAAGCCAUGAUUUAAAAGAAGAAAUCCUCUAGGUGGCACUGCAAACCAUUUCUGUUGCCCUGUGUAUUUCCUGUUCCUGUGGAAGUGUACUGUGUGCGUAGCCUCUCCUUUGCCGCACUUUGUAUGCUUUUUGUACCCAACCCUGCCACUAACAAUCUCAUGGUGGCUUUGGGGGGUGGGGGUAAACACUGCCAAUACUGGAACCAAGAGAGCAAUAAUUCAGACCCGGAAGUGCACCAAGAACCCACUGCACUUACAAACACUUUCCAUAUCUGACUGGUGGCUGCACAGCAAUCAGACUCGGUUGGUUAUACCAGUCUCCACCCCUGAAAUUUGGCUCUUCUCUCGUCACUUCCAGUGUGUGCGGGUUUAGGCAUGAUAGUGGCAGGCCACUGGGGAAGUUCAUGUGAUAUGCCUGGCCCUGCUCUGUGCUGUUCAAUAUAGUCUGUUUACUUCA